AUGAUAACCAGUUCAACCGUUUAUUUUCAUUAUUGGUUCUCCUAUGAAACCAAAGGAAAUUUUAGUUUUUUUGAUUGUAUAAAAUAUAAAUUUUUUUCUAUUAUAUCAGCAAUUGAUAUUUGUUUUAAGAUUUUUCAUCUUUUUAAUCUUGAAUAUCCACCAGAGGCAUGUAUUGCUUGGCUCUUUAUUCAGAAAUAUUUUUAUUGUUUAAACACUAAAUUUGACAAAAGUCAUCCCAUGCUAGGACGAAUUUUGUUAGAUCUAACUAAGAAAUAG